CUUGAGCUGCAUCCUUGCUUUUAAUAAUGGUGUGCCCCAGGACCUGGCACUUGCCGGUCCCUCUGCCAUAUCAUCCUGGUUGCCUGCAGAUGCUCAGCCUCGGCUUAAAUACCACUCGCCUAAGAAAGGCCCUUUCUGAUUCAUCUACUCAAAGCCAUGGGACGCAGAAAGUCGAAAAGGAAACCGCCCCCCAAGAAGAAGAUGACAGGCACCCUAGAGACCCAGUUUACCUGCCCCUUCUGUAACCAUGAGAAGUCCUGCGAUGUAAAAAUGGACCGUGCCCGAAACACUGGAGUCAUUUCCUGUACUGUGUGCCUAGAGGAAUUCCAGACGCCCAUCACUUACCUGUCAGAACCCGUGGACGUGUACAGCGAUUGGAUAGACGCCUGCGAGGCAGCCAAUCAGUAACGACUCUAAGGACCCACCCCCUGUGCAGCGCCGCCUGCCACGGACCCACCCACUAAGCACCAACACGGACAUUCCAGGGGUCCAGGGGUAGCGGGGUGGGUCCAGGGCUAUCUUGGCCCCGUGUGUCUGUGGUGGGUGUGAAUGAGUGUGCCUCUAGGCUUGGGGAGCAGUUGGGUCGCCAAUUUUGAGGCCCCUCGUCGGUCUUGCUUGGCUCCAGAAAUCUAUUGGAUGCUCCCUCUUCCGCCCCAGCCUCCCCUGGCCUAGGGCCUCAGUUUCCCUUAGAGAAACUUUCCUGGACGGGAGGUGGAUGCAGGACUUCUCCAGCCUCGACAGCAGUCUGCCCCUUU